UAAUAUUCUGUUUUGACUUUGUACUUUUUAGUGCCCGGGUAACUGGUUUCAAAUCCUGGGACAUUAAAAAAUAGUUUUUUAUUUGCUUACGUUCUUUCUUGCACACUACGUGCGCACGUAGAGUUAAUUUCGUUUUUGUCUGCUGGAAAUCUAGGCAGUACAUUUUCUUUGCAACGAAUGUAAUACAAUUUAUAUGUACGGUAUCAAGCCCAUCAAUAGAUGGCGGCUUGGUCGGUGGCAACGCCGGCAAAGUCCACCGACAUUGCUUUGUACUUUGCAGCGCAUUUAUCAUAUGUUGCUAAUAGUAAAUACGCCGCGUGAUUUAGGUUAUUAACAAAAAUUGUCUCUCAUAUAUAUUUUUGUCGAAACUGUGCAGACUUUGAUUUGACAAUACUAAUUAUAAAAACAGUGCUUUGUCCUUCUUUCUAAUGUUUUCAAUUUUGUCAUUCAUUUGUGUGGCACCAAUUGAUUUAUUUGUUACGCCAAACGCUCGCCAAAGAAAGUGCGAACAUACAAAUUAUCGACGUAUAGCGUUAGCCAACGCGUCCUCCGCUGCUACUAAAAAAUCAGUUUGUUAUCUCCAACACAUUCCCCGUUAUUUAUACAUUUCUCAUCAAUGAGUUAUGAAAGCCUAAGUGAAGACCAACGAUAUCAAUUGAUUCAGCUAGUCAAAGAAAGGCCAGUUAUAUACGAUAAGCAAAACGACAAGUACAAGAAUGCUGCUGAAAAAGAAAUCGCAUGGCAGGAAGUGGCCAACAGAUGUAACGCCCAAGUUACGGCCUGCAAGGUAGCUUGGAAGACAAUGAGAGAUCAGUAUCAAAGAAAUAUGAAAUUGCCGCAGGAGCAAAGAAAGAACUAUCGCUAUUUAUCAAAAUUGUCCUUCCUUAGUGAAUUCUCAAAAGGUGCAGAUACAAGUUCCACAUCUUUUGAUGACAUUACCGAAUAUUACUACGAGAAUACAAUGGAUAUGCCAAAAGAUGAAAUAGAAUACGAUAGUACUGAGUAUGGAGACUACAAUGAAACCACCACAACCACAAUUGAGCCAAUACAAACAUAUUCUAAUUAUGAUCAGUUGCCCACUAAAUCAGCAAAGCAGCGACUAGCUGGAAAAGGCAUUGCCAAUGAUAUUCAAGAGUUUUCUUCCCAUGCCGAGGAAUACAUAUACCUAAAGGAUGAUAGUCAUGGCGAUGGCAAUGUGGAAAAUAUUGCCAGCGAGCUGUUUGAAACAUUUAGCAACUUAAUUAAUAAACGUUUCCAGCCUAAUGAAGAUGACAAUGAUAUAUUUUUAAAAAUGCUUGCAAAAAAGAUGAAACCUUUGCCUAAACUGGUUAAGAAUCGACUGCAAGAAAGUUUUCUAGAACAAGUUAAUUAUGAAAUUAUAAAUUAUGAAGUACAAAGAAAACAUAAGAAAUAAUGAAUGCAGCAUUAAAAUUAAUGCUGUUGUUGUAACAGUGUGUUAUACACUGAGGCGGCAGUCCUUGCCGAUGAAGAACUCCAACGGGUCAAUCCGGUACGUACCAAUCCCAAGGCAGCGCGGUUGUACAUACCGGAUUGACCUGAUGAUGUCCUUCAUCGGCAAGGGCUGCCCCCUUAGUAUAAAACAAACUGCUACAACAAAAACCCGGUACGUACAACCGGCUGCCAUGGGAUUGAUUAAUGUAUAGGAAGUGUAUCAAUAAUAGUAGGUAUAAAGUUGUAAGAACAAUUUCCUCUGUGCUGAUAGUAGCAAUCGUUUUCUUAAAAUGAAUG